AUGAGAGAAGUCAUCAGCUUGAACGUUGGCCAGGCUGGCUGUCAAAUUGCCAACUCAUGCUGGGAGUUGUACUGUCUCGAGCAUGGCAUCCAGCCAGAUGGUUACCUCACCGAGGAGCGCAAAGCCGCCGACCCUGACCAAGGGUUCAGUACUUUCUUCUCCGAGACUGGCAAUGGCAAAUAUGUCCCCCGCACAAUCUACGCCGAUCUCGAGCCCAAUGUCGUCGACGAAGUUCGAACGGGCGCCUACCGCAGUCUCUUCCAUCCUGAACAAAUGAUCACUGGCAAAGAGGAUGCAUCCAACAACUACGCACGUGGACACUACACCGUCGGCAAGGAGCUGAUUGAUCAAGUGCUUGACAAGGUCCGAAGGGUUGCAGACAACUGUAGUGGUCUCCAAGGCUUCCUCGUCUUCCACUCAUUCGGCGGCGGUACCGGCUCGGGCUUUGGUGCCUUGUUGAUGGAACGCCUUUCAGUCGACUACGGCAAGAAAUGCAAACUCGAGUUCUGCGUGUACCCAGCGCCGCAAGUUGCUACCUCGGUUGUUGAGCCAUACAAUUCCAUCCUCACCACACACACCACAUUGGAACAUUCUGAUUGCAGUUUCAUGGUCGACAAUGAAGCUAUCUACGAUAUCUGCAGACGCAAUCUUGGGAUUGAGAGACCCAACUACGAGAACCUGAACCGACUCAUUGCCCAAGUUGUGUCGUCCAUCACUGCCUCUCUUCGAUUCGAUGGUUCUCUCAAUGUCGACCUUGCGGAGUUCCAGACCAAUCUGGUUCCGUACCCUCGUAUCCACUUCCCCCUUGUCGCCUACGCCCCAGUCAUCUCAGCGGCCAAGGCACAACAUGAGGCCAACUCCGUCCAAGAGAUCUCCAUGUCAUGCUUUGAACCAAACAACCAGAUGGUUAAGUGUGAUCCGCGCAACGGCAAAUACAUGGCUACCUGCCUGCUAUAUCGCGGUGAUGUUGUCCCCAAUGACGUUCACCAGGCCGUUGCCACGCUCAAGACGAAGCGCACCAUCCAGUUUGUCGAUUGGUGCCCGACGGGCUUCAAGAUCGGAAUCUGCUACCAGCCACCUCAAAUGGUGCCAAAUGGCGAUCUUGCUAAGGUCAAUCGUGCUGUUUGUAUGCUUUCAAACACGACUGCUAUUGCUGAGGCAUGGUCUGCUCUCUCCCACAAGUUCGACCUGAUGUACUCGAAGCGUGCAUUUGUCCAUUGGUAUGUCGGUGAGGGUAUGGAGGAAGGCGAGUUCUCCGAAGCUCGCGAAGACCUGGCCGCGUUGGAGAGAGACUACGAAGAGGUGGCCAGUGACUCUGUUGAAGAAGGCGACGAGGGUGAGCUUGAGCACUAG